GUGGUUUGGUUUUUUUCUGUUUGCAGAGGAACCUGUUGGAGGAAGAUUCGGAUGAAGAGGAAGACUUUUUCUUGAGAGGGCCUUCUGGACCAAGAUUUGGACCCAGGAAUGACAAGAUCAGGCAUGUCCAGAACCAGGUGGACGAGGUUAUCGACGUUAUGCAGGAGAACAUCACAAAGGUGAUUGAAAGAGGCGAGCGGCUGGAUGACCUGCAGGAUAAAUCAGAAAGUUUAUCAGACAAUGCAACAGCUUUUAGCAACAGAGCCAAGCAGCUUCGGAGACAGAUGUGGUGGCGAGGCUGCAAGAUGAAGGCAAUCAUAGCGCUGGUGGCGGUCAUUCUCCUGCUUGUCAUCAUCGUACCCAUAGUCCUCAAGUACCAUACCUGACGAGGCAGCUGGAGGCUUCGGUGGAGCUGGCUCUGGGAUAACCAAACUGCUGUGUAAUUUAAGUGAGAUAUCUGUAUAUAGCUUUGAAGUUGUUUUUCUCCAAGGAGAGAGGAGGUGGCGGCAAGUAGCCAGUUCUAACAGAGCGUUUUAAGAACUGCCAAAUGACCCUUUUUUUUUUUUUUUUGAGCACCUGCUCCUGCUGUCAGACUUUUUUUUACAACAGAAGAUUCAGAUCCCAAACCGCCUGUUUUGUGGAAUUCUGUGUCUCCGGUUUGGAGCUGGCUACUUGCCACUAUGGUUUAUCUGUAUAUAUGGUUUAGUUGUAAUAUUAAUAAUAAUGUUUCAGCAGUUCCCUGCUGCCCGCUGUGGAAGGCAGAGGGGACUCUGUCCUUUCAUCAGAGGAAAAGAGGGAGAAAAAUGUCUGCAGAGAAACAUACCACUACGUUACGGGGAACUGACCCUUCUGUGGAGAACUCCAAGGGUGUUGUUUCUCUCUUGUUCAAAAAAAGAA